CAUCCUCGUCAUUCUGUUGAAUAUUGCAGCGAUCGAAACUGCCUGACAUUCCCUGCUCCACCGUCUGUACUGUAGGUAAUCUAUUCUGUAUCGCCGUACGCUUGCGGGUUCGUGAUUGUAUCGUCGCCCGUCCUAAGCUGGGAACGCAGCCAAUGAUCGCCGGCUGGAUCCCUGCUAGUCUGUACUAAACCGUAUAUCUUACCGUCUGCAGCGGGCUGGAUUGGCCAGACCGGGUCUAAAUUACCAGGCCGUACGCACGGUGCCUGGAUGCCUGAGGCCCCGGUUGCAGUGUUCAUCGCUUGUCGUCUUUCUUUCUCUCAUCCCCAACUUUCCCAUCCCAUCAUCAUCGUCUUAGUUCUUUGCCUUCCAACACUCUCUCUCUGUCGUUUCUUUUUCCUUUCUUUUUUUCUGCCUCUUUUUUUUUUUUUUCUCUUUUCUUUUCCUUCCACUCUUUUAUUGCCUCUCGUUUCGUCUCUUACGGCCCCCGAUGCUCGCCCUCCGUCACGACUGGUCCUAACUCCUGAUCACCCUUUCCAAUCCCCUCCUUCUCCCUCUCGCUGCUGCCCAGCCCUUUCAAUAAUAAUUCCAAUACCGAUCUCGACGCUUGUGCUGGCUGGAUCUACUCGAAGACUUCGGGUCUCCUGUUUAUAAUACCUCGACUUUCUGUUCCUUCGGGCUCCUCGUCGAAACUUCAUUCGUUUGCUUAUCUGUAUUUCCUUUACCGGUUAUCGCUCACGGUAUCGAUCGACUGCGGUAGUCCC